AUGGGAUUUCAGACGGGCAUGCACACGGCUGGACCGCCGGCGAAGACUUCUGCUACUCGCCCCUACCCUGCUUUCCAGGCAGACGCAGCUGCUCCCGCUGCGGGGCUGGGUGCGCUGGUGACGCGCGGCGAAGCCGAGCUGAGCCCAGUGGAGCUCCUGGUGGUGGGCUCCAUCGCAGGGGUCGUCGCCAAAACUGUCACUGCUCCAUUGGACCGGGUGAGGCUGAUCUACCAGGUCACGCCCUCGAAAGUUUACAGCCUUCGCUGUGCGAUCGAGCUGGCUCGGGAUAUUGCCCGCCUUGCAGGUCCGCAAGGGCUUUGGUUCCCGAGCCCUUGUUGGAAUCUUUGUGAUUUUUUGUUAGUUCUUAUCACACUCAAAGUGCUUAGCGCUCAGAGGAAGAAGGACAAGCCAAAAUGUCGAUUACAUAACGCGCCAAGACUCGCUGAUCCUCACUGGGACACAGGCGGUUUUAGGGUAAGCUACUUUCAACUCCGGAACCCCAGUGAAUGUCAGCUCUCUCAUUAA